AUGUCUCCUGAAACUGCCUCGCCGGUCUACCCAGACCGACUGAUUCAUCCUCUGCCAAAACGACGCCUUCGUGAGCGCCUGUCGUCCGAUGCCGCCGACUCGAUCAAGUAUCCUCCGGAUCAGACGCCAGGAGCACCUCUGUUCUACUACCCGUACAGUUUGAAGCAGGAUGCAGCAUCUGUCGAAAGGCCGAUAUUUGUUGGCCAGGCAAGAGCUGCAACCUUGACGGCCAAACCGACAAUCACGGCUCCGACUGCAUCCACGCCCACAACCACGGCUGCGACAACUGUUCCGGCAGCCACAGGCCCAAAUGCAAAACCAGGGUCGGCCCCCGGCCGAGCCGCCCAUCUUCCUUCCCGACCACGACGUAGCAGCGGCGAAAACGAAGCAGCGUCCUCUUCGCGCACAACCCGUGCUGGAAACCGAUCCGGGCGGUCUUCACAGGCACUCCACAUGUCACCUGCACAGGGCUAUUGGACCUUGCCGUCAUCAACGCUGACUGCCGAUGGAUUUGACUCCUUUGAAUACACGAGCAAUACCAAAAAGAGAAAGAUACCGUCUGCCGGUGACACAUCGCAUACCGGAAGCUAUACCUCGACGAGCCUUCGAUCCACCGCGUCUGAAUCCUCGACGACAACCUCCAGCUACGACAGCCUAGCUGGGAGUCCACCAUUACUAGCCAACGUCAAACCGACCGGUUUUGUUGCGGCGUCAGUGGGCAUUUCAGGACCGGGGAGGGGCCGCUACGGCCGCUCGCAACGGCAUCCUAUUAUAGCAGCGGAACAUACCAAUAAUGCCGGUAUCAUUUCCAGCGCGAUUGCCAAUGCGGAGCGACAAGGACCAAGAGAGAGCACCGACUUGGCCUCACAAUUCCAAGCUACAGAGGCAUCCGCCCAGGGUUCUCUCCAGUUCACGUUUACCUGCUCCUCAAAGGUGCCGGGAAAUCUUUUGUGGUCUGGCUCUGAUUCGCGAACAUCACCUAGCUCUGCCAACUGGCAGCAAGGGCAGCAGCAGGGGCGAAUCCGCGGCGGUCAAGGUGCAACUCACGCUUCCGGUUCUCAUUUAGCUGGAUCUGUGGAUACGAACGGAUCUCCUUCGAGUGGAAAAGCAUCUAAAGUAGCGGAUGGCAGCCGGUCAAAGCAACAGCUCGAAAAGGAGGAGAACUUCAAGAUUCGCCAAGAACUUCGGAAGCAAGCCAGAGAUCGGAGACGCCGCCAGCAAGAACUGAACGUUAUUCGGCCCACGCCUGAAUCUGAAAUCUAUAUCUGCCCCUUUUGCGAGUACGAGAAUAUCACGGGCCACAAACCCCGGUUGAUUUACGAGUUCGAGAUGAAAGAGCGCAAGAAGCGACUCGAACUGGAGCGGCGGCAACGCGAGCAGCGGAACCGAGAGAAGGCUAGACAUCGCAACCGCAAAGGUCGCAAGGCUGCCAAAGCAGCGCCCACCACUGCCGGCUCAAGCACCCUGCAAGAAAGCCUUGAUGACGAUCAACAAUAUGACGACAUUCCAGACGAUACAGGUCAAGGAAUUGUCGACGACGACGACUAUGAAGACGAUGACGACUAUGACGAUGACGACGGUGCCGGGGAAGCGGAUGAUUUCGUUGCUGAGCUCCGGCUUGGAAUUGGCGACGCGAACAAUCCUCUUUUGAGAGGCCGGGGCGGGGAAAACAUGCAGCCGAUACCAGCUGGAGGCUAG